CUUUGUGUUGUGAUUGAUUGAUUUUCUAUUUGUUUUGAUCUCGAAUCAUUUUGCAUUUUUUCUCAUCAUAUCGGAAAGAAUAAUCAAACGUAAUCAUGUGGGACGAGGAGACGGAGACGGAGUGUGUCAGUGAUAUAGUGAGGCUGACGGCUUGGAAAGCUUCGGAUACUUACGGGGUCCUUUACAAUGAUCUUAUGCAGGAGGUCAAACAUUCUGCGCCGGGCGCUAGGCUCUCUGCACGGCUGCGAACGGCACUUGAGAGACUAUCCCCUGAUGACCGUCGUCUCCUCUGCUCCCGGACACGCGACGGCUGCGCCCCCCUCUUCAUCGCCUGUCGCCGUGGCAACCUGGAGGCUGUGGAGUAUCUCGUCCACGUGUGCAAUGCGGAUCUGGAGCAGCGCGGCGUUUACGAGGUUCCAGACGAGCGUUCAGUCCACUGCGUGACAGCGCUCUGGUGCGCGGCCGUGGCCGGCCACCUGCCCGUACUCCGCGCCCUGGCCGACGCCGGCGCCAAGCUGGACGCCGGCUCGGACUCGGGCUCCACCCCCGUCCGGAGUGCCUGCUUCAUGACACACCUAGAUAUCGUCAAAUUCUUAGUGGAACGCGGUGCCGACAUACACCGACCGAAUCACAAUGGCGGGACGUGUCUCAUCAAUUCUGUGCAAUCGUUGCGGUUAUGCACGUAUCUCAUCGACCACGGAGCUGAGGUCGACGCAACAGACAUGCAACACAAAACCGCCCUGCACUACGCUAUCCAAGAGCACCGCUUAGAAACAGCGCGUCUACUUCUAGCUAGAGGCGCCGACCCGCGCCUUACGUCUCGUGCCGGUGACGAUGCGUUACGUACUGCCGCUUUAAAAGGAGCCAGUCAGGUGGUGGCACUGUUAGCGGCGCGCGUCCGCUACGGCGCCUCCCGUCUCGCCGACGCGUACGAACUGUUAGGAGCCACUCAACUGGACGAAUUCAACGAUGUGUCCGCCUGUCUGGCGGCUUGGAGACGAGCCACUGCGCUUAGGCACGCUACGGGCCAAUACGUGCCUAAAGUACCUGAACAGGUAAAUUAAUAUCAACAAAAGUGCAAAGGUUAACCUAGCAACAUGUGUCUAGCCCUGCUAUACAUGCGCGAAUGGCGCACUAUGGCAGAACUAGAAGCGUGCGCGGCCGACGCGGACACUUUACGCAUACAGGCGUUGCUGGUGUGUUGCCGGGUGUUAGGCAAGGAACACAAGGAACACGUCUUCCGACUCAUGUACCGCGGAGCAUCUUACGCGGACUCAUUCCGGUAUCAGCGCUGCAUAGACUUAUGGACGUGGGCGCUCGAGAUACGACUCGAGAAGGAUUCUAUUCUAUACCCUGACACUUGCCACACGGCGUGCGCGCUGACGCGGUUGCUGCUCGACGCGCGUGGCGCGCUGCCCGCUCAGCCGCACGAGGAUGUGGUACACAUCGCUGAACUACUCAUGGACGCACUACCCGAGGCCCGCUCGUGGCUCGUGCCCCGGCCCGUGUUCAAGAAGCAAGCGGACACGUUCGACCGCGCGCUGCGCUGCCUGGCGCACCUGCUGCACCUGAUGCUCGACACCGUCGGGGAGGAACGGGCUCACGUACACCGUCGCAUGCGUCGCGUAGUGGAACUGCAGCUCCGCUCAGCGCACACUUGCGACACACUGCUCCACCUCUCUGUCUCUCGCCUGACAGUCAUCCGUUCCUCUUACUGCGGGGAGGAAGCAGGCGCCCUGUUCCCUAGCGCGAGUCUGGCUAAGGCGUUACUGGCUGCAGGAGCUGACCCGCUGCGCCGCAACACGGCCCGCUGCACCGCGCUGCACGUGGCCGUGCUGCCUUACAACUUUAGCUCCGCGCUGGUGGAAGCCCUGCUAGCGGGCGGCGCGCACCUCGACCAGCCCAACAAGUUCGGCGACUCGGCGCGCGAGCUACUCGCGCUAAACUCGAACAGCAGCGUGCAAGUGCUGCGCCACGUCACGCUAGCGUGUCUGGCAGCUAGGGCUCUGUGCAGACACAAGCCGAAUUUAGAGCUAGACUCCCCAAUGAUACCGAGGCAUCUCGUGCAGUUCUUGGAUUUACAUCGCCCUUACGCGCUGCUCGCGUUCAACGCCAACAGCAGCGUGCGCGUGCUGCGGCACGUCACGCUAGCGUGUCUGGCAGCUAGGGCGCUGUGCAGGCACAAGCCAAAUUUAGAGUUAGAUUCCCCAAUGAUACCGAGCUCCCCGCUGGUGGAAGCCCUGUUGGCGGGCGGCGCGCACCUCGACCAGCCCAACAAGUUCGGCGACCCGGCGCGCGAGCUACUCGCGCUAAACUCGAACAGCAGCGUGCGAGUGCUGCGCCACGUCACGCUAGCAUGUCUGGCGGCUAGGGCUCUGUGCAGACACAAGCCGAAUUUAGAGCUAGACUCCCCAAUGAUACCGAGGCAUCUCGUGCAGUUCUUGGAUUUACAUCGCCCUUACUCCCCGCUGGUGGAAGCCCUGCUGGCGGGCGGCGCGCACCUCGACCAGCCCAACAAGUUCGGCGACUCGGCGCGCGAGCUACUCGCGCUAAACUCGAACAGCAGCGUGCGAGUGCUGCGCCACGUCACGCUAGCGUGUCUGGCAGCUAGGGCGCUGUGCAGACACAAGCCGAAUUUAGAGCUAGACUCCCCAAUGAUACCGAGGCAUCUCGUGCAGUUCUUGGAUUUACAUCGCCCUUACUCCCCGCUGGUGGAAGCCCUGCUGGCGGGCGGCGCGCACCUCGACCAGCCCAACAAGUUCGGCGACUCGGCGCGCGAGCUACUCGCGCUAAACUCGAACAGCAGCGUGCGAGUGCUGCGCCACGUCACGCUAGCAUGUCUGGCGGCUAGGGCUCUGUGCAGACACAAGCCAAAUUUAGAGCUAGACUCCCCAAUGAUAGCGAGGCAUCUCGUGCAGUUCUUGGAUUUACAUCGACCUUACUCCCCGCUGGUGGAAGCCCUGUUGGCGGGCGGCGCGCACCUCGACCAGCCCAACAAGUUCGGCGACUCGGCGCGCGAGCUACUCGCGCUAAACUCGAACAGCAGCGUGCGAGUGCUGCGGCACGUCACGCUAGCAUGUCUGGCGGCUAGGGCUCUGUGCAGACACAAGCCGAAUUUAGAGCUAGACUCCCCAAUGAUACCGAGGCAUCUCGUGCAGUUCUUGGAUUUACAUCGACCUUACUCCGCGCUGGUGGAAGCCCUGUUGGCGGGCGGCGCGCACCUCGACCAGCCCAACAAGUUCGGCGACUCGGCGCGCGAGCUACUCGCGCUAAACUCGAACAGCAGCGUGCGAGUGCUGCGCCACGUCACGCUAGCAUGUCUGGCGGCUAGGGCUCUGUGCAGACACAAGCCAAAUUUAGAGCUAGACUCCCCAAUGAUACCGAGGCAUCUCGUGCAGUUCUUGGAUUUACAUCGCCCUUAG